AGAGGGGAAAAGAGGAAGAAAUGAGAGUGGACUAGAUGUUACAAGCGGCCAUUACGAAAGCCAAAGACCUGGCAGAGAGGAGGUGCAGAUGGGACGGGGUCACGGACGAAAUGAAAGUGAUCGUCUUGUACUUGGAGGGAGAGACAUUGACAGACACGGCGGAAAGGGAACACCGACACUUGGACCGCGAUACAGAGGCCGAGAGCGAUGUGAGUGAUCAGGGCACGGGAACCCAGUCUUGGCAUGACCUAGAUCAGAGCGCUGGAGACCGGUUAGCGGAGACGACGGAGGGYGACAUUGAGGAGGAUCGCAUAUCUUCUCGCGCGGCUUUUCGGAAGCCUCUUUACGGAGAUCGCUUUCUCGAGGUUUCCUACAUCUACUCUGGUGGGAGAGGAAGGAUUGAGAUAUUGAUUGGAGCUUCGGGUGACAUCACUCUUGCGGAGGAGCUCCAUCUCAGGAGUGUCGCAGACGAGGAGAUGGCGAGAUGCAUGGCCUAUAUCUGCAAGAUUGAUCCAGCAGCGCCUCUCGAUAUCAGCUAUGUGGUUCCAGAGUCUAUAGCCACACGGGUUCUCAAUGACGAGGCGCCAGAUAUGGAGUCCCAGACGGCAACACUUACUCACGAGGGGAUGAAAGCAAUAACUAAAACGAGAGAAGGAAAUGUUGAGGCAGCUGCGGGUGGAAACUUGAAGGCCGAGGAGAUCCUUGGUCUUCUCGUUAAGCUUCGUAGCUUCGAAAAGUUAACCCUUCCUGCCCCAGCAACUCAAACACUUGUUGGAGCCAAAGAAGGUAAGGAAGAAAGAAAGAAGGAGAAGCAAAAGGAAGAGAGUGAGAGUGAGAGCGAAAGUAGUGAUGAGGAAGACGUUAGGCGAAGGAGAAAAGAGAGGCAAAAGAAGAAGCGCGACCGGGAUUGGAAGAAAGAUAAUAAGAGUCGAGAUUGGCAAAAGAGAGAUGGCCCCUUUCGAUGUUAUUAUUGUGACGAGGAAGGUCAUACUCUAACCCGGUGUCCGACACUAGAAAAGAAACUCGAAGAAGGGAUUAUAAAAAAAAACGCCAAUGGGCACAUCUGUGAUGCCAAUUGGAACAAGGUUGACUUCCGAGUCAAAGGUGGGAUGCGAGCCGUAAUCCUAGAAAAGGCUAAGGCCAAUAAGGAUAAAAAGAAGAAGGGUAGGGUUAAUGUUAUCACCUUUGAUGGUAUGCUACCUCCGGAGAUAGUGGCUCGGGACGACAAUCGUGAAAGUCAAAAUCUAAAUGUAUCCCAUGUCAGUCAAAAAGAGGUCGAAGAGAAAAAACGGGAGAAGGCUCAAAGAGAGCUAGACCAACUGAUCGAUGGGACCAAGGACCUAGUGAAGGAAGGGAAAGGAAAGGAAGCUGCCGGGAAAAAGAGGAAGGUGGUCUUGAGAUCCGAGGCCAAGGAAGGGAUCUCGAUAGAUGAAGUAAUAAAGAAAUUACUCGAGGAGACCGAGAUCACCCUAUCGUGGAAAGAGGCAGUAGCCUUGGUACCCAAGUUUAGGGAAGAGCUUAAGAAGAUGGUUGAGAGGCGGAAGGUAGAGGUCAAUAGUCUAAGGCUCUUCCCUCAGCAUGUGGAAAGAGUUCCGCCUGGUACCAAAAUGAGGUUUGACAACAUGUCGUGCGGAUAUUUGAAUAUCUUCGUAAACGACAUGAAAGUCAGAACUCUAGUGGACUCUGAGGCCGAGAUGGUGCUCACAUCCUCGGCCACAAUGAGGUCAUAUAAGUUAAGAGAUGGCGGGGUCGUAUUGGGAGUACCCUACUUCGACGAUGAAAGGGAGAGGCCAUUCAUCGUUGAAGCCGACGGCGGCCCGAUAGCAUUAAGAAGAGUGCUCGUGCAGCAAGAUGAGAAUGGUAAAGAAAAGCCACUUAUAUUUGAGAGUCACACAUUUAAUUCGGUUGAGAGGGGCUAUAUUCAGAUCAGGAAGGAGCUCUUGGCAAUCCUGCACUUCCUUAGGGUGUUUAGACACUAUGUUAUGGGGCAGAGAUUCAUCCUAAGAACGGAUUCCACGGCGGUAAUCGGGGCCGUUAAGAGGCAUCAGCAAGUAGAUGCUACGGUUAGUAGGUGGAUAACUCAUAUAUGGACGUAUGAUUUUGUGUUAGAAAAGGUACCUACUGAAAAGAAUCGAGCCGAUGGGCUGAGCCGCGUAGGAUGGGGAUCAAUAGAUGAUGAAUCUCUUGAGGAGGCACCCUUCGUUGACGAAUUCCUUAUGGAAGACGAUGAUGAAGGACUACCUCCAGCUCCCAGUUGUUAUACAGCCUCAACCAUAACAACGAGCAAGGAAGAGUGUUGGGGAGAAAAGGAAGACCGUUACCUCUACUACCUCUUAACUCAAGAGGAUGAGGAGGAAGGAUGGUAUGGGAUGGUAGAACAAGCUGCUGUUGCAGCUCAUGAGCUGGUAGAGAGUUCAAGGAUGGUUGAACGAAGGCUGAAUGAGAUAGAGAAAGAGUCGGAUGACCAGGAGCAAGAUAAGGACGCUGAGUAGAGAUUUAGGAAGGAUGAGUAUGAUGGGGAAUAUAAGAGGAUUGGUAUGGUAAUGAGCAGUAAUCAGUUGGACGAAUUCUACCAUGAGAAGACAAAGAUAACCCUCAGGCUACGUAGGAGUCACCUUUUUGUGGAUGCAAAGGAAGGACUACCUCCAUUGAGAGUAGUGUGUGGUAAGGAAAGGCAGCUAGAGGUGAUCGUCGUGCUGCAUGAGGGUCUAGCAGGGGGUCAUAGGGGUGUUGAUGCUACAUACUAUAAAGUAUCCCGACUAUAUCAUUGGGAUGGUCUGAGGGAUAUGGUUAUGAGAUAUUGUAAGUCGUGUGAAGCCUGUCAGAAAAGAUCAUCUAUGAGAUUGAUUGAACCCUUAUACCCCACUGUUCUUGUUGAACCUGGCAGUACUGUUCACCUUGAUCUAAUCAAUAUGCCACCUGGUA